CCAUGCAAGAAAGCAUACGUUUUGCUUCAUCAGGAGAUGAUGUUAAAAUAUGGGAUUCCUCAUCUCUAACUGUGUUGGAGCAGUUCAACCCACAUACACCCCCACAUCCAGUCAGCUCACUGUGUUGGGCCAGCAACAAUAGAUACCUAGCCACUGCCUCUGCUGCUGGUGAUAAAAUAGUUGUUUCAAGCUGUAAAAGCAAACCUGUUCCACUCUUUGAAAUAGCUGAAGGAGGAAAACAGACAUGUGUGAGCUUGAAUUCUAGUUCUUCAUAUAUUGUGAGUGGAGGCCUUGAUAACACAGUUAACAUCUGGGAUCUGAAAUCCAGAAAGGUGUACCGUAGCCUUAAGGAUCAUAAAGAUGAAGUCACGUGUAUUACAUAUAAUUGGAAUGAUUGCUACAUUGCUUCUGGAUCUUUAAGUGGUGAAAUUAUCCUACACAGUGUUACCACCAAUUUAUCGAGUACUCCCUUUGGUUAUGGCAGCCGUCAGCCUAUUCGACACUUGAAGUAUUCAUCCUUUAAGAAAUCCUUGCUAGGCAGUGUUUCUGACAGUGGAAAUGUAACUCUGUGGGAUGUAAAUAGCCAGAGCCCAUAUCAUAAUUUUGAAAAUACUCAUAAAGCACCAGCUUCGGAAAUCUGCUUUUCUCCAGUCAAUAAGCUGCUGCUUGUAACUGUAGGUUUGGAUAAAAGAAUUAUUCUCUAUGACACUUCAAGUAAAAAGUUACUGACAACAAUAGUAGCUGAUUUUCCUCUGACAACAGUAGACUUCAUGCCUGAUGGUACUACUUUGGCUAUAGGAUGUUCCCGGGGAAAAAUCUGCCAGUAUGACUUAAGACAACUGACAUCACCAGUGAAAACAGUUACAGCUCACAAAGGCUGUGUGAAAUGCAUACGUCUUCAGUCCAGUAGCACUUUUUCCAAGUCUAACCUUACAGGUUCUUCAAAUAAACCUGUAUCCAAAAGAGUAGAAGUCAAAGCUGGUAGUAAUCUUGGAGGAUUUCAAAAUACUGGCAUCAAAAACAUUGCCUCUCAAGCAUCAGCAACAGUUGCAUCUCAUCUGACAUUGCCAAAUGAGAAUAAGGGAGGAGAGGUUCUUCAGGAGAAAACAGGCUUUCCCCAUAGUUGCAGCUUGGAUGUGAUUCCAUCUAAAGAAACGGAUCACGGGAAAAGUGCCGAUUUAAAGAAUUUUGAUGAUUUGGGUCGAAGUAGUUUAGGAGAUGUGUUUUCUCCAGUCAGAGAUGAUAUUAUCGCAAGUAAAGCAAAUGAAGAUCCUCAAGGAAAAAGAGAUGGUAAAUACACUUUGAGUCCAGAUUUUCAGUCGUACCUUUUGGGUUUGGAUUUUCUCCCACAGCUCACCACUGCCUUACCAGUGAAAAGAAACCCAGUGGGCAGUAGUGCACAAGGGAUGCAGUCUAGCCCAUUGCAUGUGCUUCUGGGAUCUCCAGUUAAAGAAGAGGAAGAACAUCCAGAGACUGAUGCUAAGAAAAUAAAUCUUGGAAAACAAGAACCUAAAGAAGUCCUAAAGCAGCUUUCAAAAUCGAGCUCAUCAAGCGCAGAAUCCAUAACUUUAAAUCCUCCGCCAUCUUCCACUACUGUAAAGACUCCUGAUACAACUGAGAAACUAGUGAAGAAUAUUCAGGCGCAUCCUGUGUAUGAUCUACCAGUAAAUGGUACUACCUCAAUAAGUCCAAAGAUAACAUCACCUGUCACUGCUGGAGUUGCCAGUUCAUUGUCAGAAAAAAUAGUAGAAACCAUUGGGAGUGGCAGACCAAAUGCACCUCUGACAUCAAUCCAAAUAAACUUCAUUCAGAAUAUGAUACAAGAAACAAUGGAUGAUUUCAGAGAAGCAUGUCAUCGAGAUAUUGUGAAUUUGCAAGUGGAGAUGAUCAAGCAGUUCCAUAUGCAGUUGAAUGAAAUGCAUGCUUUACUUGAAAGGUAUUCUGUAAAUGAAAGCUUAGUAGCUGAAAUUGAGAGACUACGAGAGGAGAACAAAAGACUGAGGACUCACUUCUGAAAGAUUUACACCGCUAAUUUUAUUAGCGUGAACUC